AUGGCUUGUGGACCGUACAACGCUAUUCGCGCAUUGCGACAGUGCGCCAGUGAUAACUUUUCAGUUAUCCACAAUAUCAACCGGGCAGUUGAGGCCAAGGAGAGCAUACUCUCAAACUUUUACGUCGAUGAUUACUUGGAUAGUGUAAAUACUACUACAGAGGCAAUCGAGCGUGCUCGUAAUGUCGACAAGAUCCUGCGCCAAGGCCAUUUCGUUUUGGGUAAGUGGAACUCCAAUUGCACGCUGACCUUGACGGCACUUGCGGAUGCAUCAGUUGCCAGCACCGAGUCGUUUCCGAGUAAUUCUGAUACCACUGUACUGGGCUUGCACUGGAACCCUAAUAAUGACACUUUAUUUUACAAAGUACGGUUGCCGGUGCUCGAUGCAAUUCCUACUAAACGCAACGUACUAAGCGAUGUCGCACGAUUAUACGACCCAUCGGGAUUAUUGUCGCCGGUGAUCGUAUGGGCCAAGAUUUUUAUCCAGAUGCUUUGGAAGGCAGAGCUGCCAUGGGAUACACCAUUACCAGGCGAUUUACGAGAUGAAUGGUUAACAUUUCGGAAUGGUUUGUACCAGCUUUUCAGUAUUCGGGUGUUGCAUUGGUUGGGCAUGACCAAGACGUCCACGGUAAACUUUCACGGCUUCUGUGACGCCAGCAGCAAAGCUUACGCUGCGGUCGUCUAUGUGCGCAUCGAAGAUCCAGAGGGUGAGGUACGCGUAUCCCUGGUUGCGGCCAAAACAAGGGUAGGACCCAGUAAGAGUACUACAAUUCCACGAAUGGAACUCAGUGCAGCACGACUACUCGCUAUGACAAUGGAAGAGAUUUGUCACGCCUUGCGACUGGACAGCGCAGGUUGUAUGUAUUGGAGUGAUUCGACCAUUGUCCUCCACUGGAUCCAGAAAGCACCGACCGUACUAAAGCCGUAUGUAGCCAACCGUGUGGCAAUCAUACAAACUCAUUCUGAAGUGAAGUGUUGGCGACACAUCCGAAGUGAACACAACCCAGCAGACUGCGCCAGUCGUGGCAUUCCACCAACGGCGCUUGAAGAUCAUCCACUCUGGUGGACUGGUCCACCAAUUAUGUACACUUGUUUCAACCGUAGCACCGAGUUGCCUGCUUUGACUGACGAAGAACAACAGACAGCAACGUUGGAGAGCCGCCCCCCUCGCAGCUUGGUGACCGUGCGACAUGUGGAUGCGACAUGUGGAUUAUUGCGCACGACAUUCGGUGGCAGACGAAUUCCUUUGGUGGAAAAGUUUAGCCGUCUGAAUAGACUGCUUAACACUACGGCACGUCUACGGCGAUCUUACCUGCAUUCCGAGGUCACCGAGGCGAUCCGCUGA